AACUCGAUUCUCCCGGUUUAAAAAAAAGUAAAAGCGCAUGUCAUUUGUUUGCACUCUCUUUCGAGGAGAAAAGAAAAGUUCCUCCAGUCUGAAAACGGCAGAAGAAUUUCCUUUUCGUAUGAACAUUUACUUGAUAAAUAGAUAAUAUGUUGUUCGGCUGGCAAGCAGUCGCUCAGAAUCCAAUAAUUCUACAACCCAGCAGACAGAAAGAGAAUCCUUUGUAAGGAUUUCAGUCAUCCGCGUUCUUAGAAAUCGAUAAUAAUGGAAAUCGUCCAAAAUCUCCACACUCUUACACUGGACAACAGGGCUAUCUUCUUCACUUUAAUUUCCAGCAAACAGCCCUUUUCAGUCGGAUACUCGCGGCAGCUAAAAACACCAUUUGUCUCUCUCCAAAGCGAGCCACUUCCCAGAGCAAUCACUUCCAAAAUUUCAACUAAAGAGAACUCAUUCACUAUAGAUUACCUUGUACGCGCAUGUGGGUUAUCCUUGGAAGCUGCAGUUUCAGCUUCUCAAAAAAUACACUUAGAAUCACCGAAAAGAGCUGACGCAGUUCUUGCGCUUUUAAGAGAUCGAGGAUUCUCCAAAACCCAGAUCUCAAGUCUUGUAAAGAAGCGGCCUUUUCUUCUUUUGGCUCAUCCCCAGAAUACUCUUUUGCCUAAACUCGAGUUCUUUUACUCUAUUGGGGCUUCAAACUCUGCUCUUGCUAGAGCCCUCUCUUCAGACCCUACCCUUUUGACUAGAAGCUUAGAAAAUCAGAUUAUACCCUCCUAUAACUUCCUCAAAAGUAUCUUGCUUUCUGAUGAGAAGAUCGUUUCUGCUUUAAAGCGUACUACUUGGAUUUUUCUAGAGGAUCAUUCAAAGAAUUUAAUACCAAAUAUUGAGCUUUUAAGAGAAGCAGGCGUGCUACAUUCUUGUAUCUCUUUGCUGCUGACUCAUUUCCCUGAGGCUUUGAUGCAGAGGCAUGAUAAGUUUAGUAAAAUUGUGAAGGAGGUUAGGGAAAUGGAAUUUGAUCCAAAGAAAUCAACUUUCGUGUUGGCUGUACAUGCAAUUUCUGGGAAAGGUAACAAGUCAAUUUGGAAUAAGUGUUUUGAGGUAUAUAUGAGGUGGGGUUGGUCUAAAGAUGAUAUAUUUGCGGCAUUUAAGAAACACCCACAUUGUAUGAUGCUAUCAGAGAAGAAAAUCAUGAAAGCGAUGGACUUUUUUGUGAACAAGAUGGGGUUUCCUUCCAAGGUCAUCGCUCAAUGCCCUGUGGUAUUGUUUUUCAGCUUGGAGAAGAGAAUUGUCCCUAGAUGUAGAGUUAUCCGGGUUUUAAUGAACAAGCGACUGGUAAAGGAAGAUGUGAGCUUGGCUAGCGUCUUGCUUCCAGUAGAGCAGUGCUUUUUGGACCGGUUUGUGACCAGAUUUGCGGAGGAAAUACCUCGAUUGUUGAGUGUGUAUGAAGGAAAGAAGGAUGUGGAGGAAGCAUUUAAUUUGGAUAUAUAGCAAUUGGUGAGGAGAUCAAACAGUUUUUGGCCUAUUAAUGUCGCAAAUCAAAGAAAUUGUUCACUACUCUUGACUGAUAUUUGCUGUUCCUCGACACUGCAAUUGCAAUUGACUUGCAUUCUUAUUUGAAAAUGAGUUGUGUUUGUGAAUAGUUUCUUUUUCUUUUGAAGUUUGGAUUGGCUGUAUAUUUGUAUUGGCUCUACUUUGACAGUACUGCUGUUAUCAUUUCUCUUAAAGACUUGGACAUUGAAGUACAAUUAUGCUGCUGUAAUGGUUUCCGUAUGA